CCACACAGUGAUGUCAUCACUGCAUGGACCGGCUGUAGGAUUCUGGAGAGUCAGACGGAGGUUCAGACCUGCAGGACGAGCAGCACAAAAUGGCUGACUCCUCAUCAUCGACUAACAACUCGUCCUUGGUGAGAGACCUCACACACACAGCCUCACAGCUUGUGCACUGGAGAGAACCAAAGAAAUCUGCUGUGGCAUUCGGCCUCUCACUGCUAAUUCUUGUAUCCGUGGCAACAUUGUCAGUCAUCAGUGUGGUGUCUUACUUGCUCCUGGCGUGCCUCUGUGUCACCAUCACCUUCAGAGUUUAUAAAUCUGUGAUCCAGGCCAUCCAGAAGUCCAAUGAAGGUCAUCCUUUCAGGUCUUUGUUGGAGAGGGACAUUUCGGUGUCUUCAGAGUCGGUACGGCAGCUCGCUGAUCAGUUUCUGAUCCAUUUGAACUGGUUUAACAAUCAGACAAGGAGGCUGCUGCUGGUGGAGGACCUGGUCGACUCUCUGAAGCUGGCUGUGGUCAUGUGGGUGAUGACGUACAUUGGCGCUGUGUUUAACGGAAUCACCAUCCUGAUUCUUGCUGACAUAAUUUUCUUCACCACGCCGCUCAUCUACCAGAAGAAGAAGACUCAGAUCGAUCAUCACCUCGAGGCAGUUUGGCUCAAACUACAGCAAACUCUGCAGAGACUACAAGAUAAGUUACCUGGAGCUGUGAAGAGGAACAAAACUGACUGACACCUGAGGCUCCACCCCCUCUUGUCAUUGGCCUGUUUGUCUGUGACUCAUCUGCUGAUUGUGAAAGUCUUUUAAUAAAAUCAGACUGAGGAGAAA